AUGACUAAAAGCAAUUUGCAGUCCCAUCUCAAAUGGCUGUUGGAUCAAGCCCCAUCGCUAUACCCAGCUCUGACGCCGCUCGCGUGGGAGUCCAAUGUCAAGCCAAACAACUCCCAUAGCAAUCCCGCCCCAAAGUUGAAUUUGAUUGCUAGCCAGACCGAAGACCUUAGUAUUAAGGAUUCGCAACCGGCUUUUGAAGCGCCCGCCGACCAGGUGGAUGAUGGAUUCGAGGCAGAUUCGGACACAGAUAUGGCACGUCUGAUGCUAGCCCCUUCGUCGGCGAGCAAGCCUCGAAUGCUCAGCUGCACCCAAGAGUCCCCUGGCUCUGUUCAGAAGACCUCAAGGAUUGAAACAUUGCCACAGUCGCCUCCGAAACGGGAAGCAACUCAAACGCCCCGCAGCAAAAAAGUGAAAGAAUCCCAUAGCGUACUUUCCUCCUUUCGAGAUCCGAAGGAACGAAUAACGACCCCUCUCCGGCCGAAGCGGAAACCGGAUAUACCAUCUUCAAUAACAGACAUCGAUACAAUUGAUUUGACGGAUGAUUUUGACCGCAUCAAGCCAUCGUCUGAGACUUGGGAAGCAUUUGAUGAGCCACGCCGGCUGUGGACUGAAGAUGCUGCGUCUAGAAGGGAGCCUACAGACAAACGAGGGAAGAAAAGAAAAAGUGAUGAGUACACGUCUGAUCUGCUCUCCCCUGGAGACCAUGGCCCCAGAGCGCGUUCGCCAUUUAUUCCCGAUAGGUCCUUACAAUCUGACCAAAAUAUCUCGGCACGUACUCCCCGACGCGCAUCGAAAGAUGAACUUCCGCCGUCCAGAAAGAAGAAACAGACGCACUCAUCCACUAAACGUGCUGCGAAAGCUAUAGCUAUCCCCGAUUCCGAUGACGAAAGUGUUGACGGUUUGUUUGAAGGCCUGAUCGAGACCAAGCACUCUUCUCCACGAAUCAGCCACAGAUCACUGUACCCCAUUUUGCCUGUGGAAAAGCACUCGAACACCCCUUUAUUGAGCCCUGCAUUGAAGCAAGGAGAGCCCAUCUCCCCUGAUUCAAUGGACAUGCCGAAGACCACUGGUCCCACAUCCAUAAGCGAGAGCAAUACGACGCCUAAUAGCUCUCGACACCUUCCACCGCCAUCGUCUAGUGCUUCAAAGCCAAGCACCCAGCCAAUGAAUAAGGAGGUUGAAAGGUUUUUGCAGAUUCACUCAGACUCCCUCAGUCGCCUGACUGCACACAUGCGAAAUAUCAUCCAAAAGAACUCCGCUAUUGUUUAUGACAAAUCAAUGAACGGUGAAUACGCUCCUGAACUAGUCUCAGAGAAUGGGAAUAUUCAAACUCAAAUUCGCGCGAUCGAGACCUUGAAUAUGCAAAAAUCUAUCUACCUGUCGCGUGAAGCAGAAUCAAGGUCUCUGAAAGGUGCCAUCAUGCAAGCUAUAGGUCAAGGAACUGAUCCAGCCACGCUGCCGGAGUUUGAGGAACAGAUAAAAAUCACCUCGCAGAUGAAAGAGAUUCAAAGCGAUUUGUGCCGUUUGCUUCAAGAGGCUAAUUUAUUCGCGAGUCUCGACAAAUAUUCACUGGAAACACCAGCAUCUGAUCUGGAGGAACUGGAAGAUUUGCCUUGCACAACGUCGGUUCCCAGUAUUCGUGAUUACGGCGACAGACACUUCACCAAAAGCCCCGUGGCAAGUUCUCUUGCACCGUCAGCUUGCGACGCGAAGGGCUCACACUUGACAGCAUCGAAGCUUGGAACAAAUUCGGUUAGCACCAGUUUCAAAAACGCCCCGAGGUCUACACAAUUUGAGUACGACGAGCCAAUGGUGAGUGGCGAUGAAACGACUUUUACCAGAACCAUGGGCUCUCCGCUGCCACCACCCAUCAAUGAUAUGGACGAAUUCGAUAUGGAUGUUUUUGAUGAGGAUAUAUUGGAGGCGGCGGACUAUCUCCAGGAUGGCCGACCUUCAUCAACAAAGCGACUUGAAUCCCAAAACCGUCCUGUUUUUGCUGAAACAUCAGGAAAUGCUACCAAAUCCCCAGCUACGCAGAAAUCGCAGACGCAUGGCACUAUAUGGGGCCAGCACCCGUGGACAAAAGAUGUGAAGAAUGCCUUGAAGGAAAGAUUUCAUCUUCGAGGUUUCCGGCUCAAUCAGCUUGAAGCAAUUGACUCAACAUUGAGUGGGAAAGACACUUUUGUGCUGAUGCCAACAGGAGGAGGGAAAUCUCUAUGCUAUCAACUUCCGUCUGUUGUUUCGACUGGCUCAACGAAAGGAGUCACCAUUGUGGUUUCACCGCUCCUCAGCUUGAUGCAAGAUCAAGUCUCUCAUCUUCGCCGAAAUAAAAUCAAAGCGUACCUGGUCAAUGGUGAAACUCCAAGAGAGGAACGUCAGUGGAUAAUGGACACUCUAUCCAGCUCAGCUCCUGAAAAACAAAUCGAGCUCCUCUAUAUCACCCCAGAAAUGGUCAGCAAAAGCCAUGCUAUUAUGGACCGCCUCGAAGAUCUCAAUCGGAAGCAGAGACUGGCACGCAUUGUUAUUGAUGAAGCCCACUGUGUGAGUCAAUGGGGCCAUGAUUUUCGUCCUGACUACAAAGAACUGGGUAGAUUUCGAGCUCGGAUACCUGGAGUGCCGAUGAUGGCGUUGACUGCCACUGCAACCGAAAAUGUCAAAGUUGAUGUAAUCCACAAUUUGAAAAUGGAUGGUUGCGAUGUCUUCACCCAGAGUUUCAACAGGCCGAACCUCACAUAUGAGGUGCGUCGCAAAGGUACAAACGCGGAUCUUCUCCAAAGCAUAGCGCAAACCAUCACCGGUCCAUAUCGUAAUAAAUCUGGUAUUGUUUAUUGCCUUGCACGGAAUACCUGUGAAAAAGUCGCGGAAAAUCUUCGAAGUAAAUAUGGCAUCAAAGCCGCGCAUUACCAUGCGGGUUUAGACGCAGAAGAACGUGUACAGGCUCAACAAAAGUGGCAGGCCGGAGAGAUACACGUUAUAGUCGCAACUAUUGCGUUUGGAAUGGGGAUUGAUAAACCAGACGUUCGGUUUGUUAUACACCACAGCAUUCCCAAAAGCUUGGAAGGCUAUUACCAGGAAACUGGACGCGCUGGACGUGACGGCAGGCGAUCUGGCUGUUACCUCUAUUUCGCCUACCAGGACAUGAAAUCCGUGGAGAGAAUGAUCAAUAGCAACAAAGACGCUGGUCCUGUACAGAAAACUCGUCAACGCAAGAUGUUGCGCAAUGUUGUGCAAUAUUGCGAAAACCAAAGCGAUUGUAGACGAGUUCAGAUUCUUGCAUAUUUCAGCGAGUCCUUCCAGCGGCAAGACUGCAACGCUUCCUGUGACAACUGCAAGUCAGGCGGUACCUUCGAGGUACGCGACUUUUCCGAGCAUGCGGCAGCCGCGAUCAGAAUUGUUCGGUAUUUCCAAGAGAGGGAUGAAAGAGUUACACUAUCGUAUUGUGUGAACAUUCUUCGCGGAACCACGAAGUCAUUCAGAUCUCCCGAGCAUAGACACGCACCCUGCCUUGGUGAUGGUGCGGACAUCGUACUUGGGGACGCAGAGCGGCUCUUUCGCAAACUACUUGGGGAAAAGGCAUUGGCAGAGGAGAACAUCAUGAACCAGAGAAAUUUCCCAAUCCAGUAUAUUAAGUUGGGAUUUCGUGCAGCCGAUUUCGAGAGCGGCAGGCGGCGUCUGAGACUUGACGUCCGGAUCUCUCCUGAUGGAAAUCCACGCCAGCGUGGCACCGCAGGUAGGGAUGCUCUACCACAAUCCACCAAUGUUUCGUCCCCAGUUCAGUCAGCAAAUCGGCGCCGGUUGGCUCGAUAUCGACAUACAAACACCGUGGAAGACGAAUGUGAUAGUGAUGGGGAUAGCGACGGAUUUGAGAGGAUCCGCGUCGCUGGGAAAAAUGAGCGGAAGGGCAAAAACGUCCCGGGGCCGCCAAUUACUCAGGACCACCGAUAUGACCAACUCGAUCCUCUUCACAAAACUGUCGCCGAAGAUUUCAUGGUUUAUGCCAAGAACUACUGCCAGGACGUGGUUAUGCAAAAAGGGCUUAGAAAUCAGCCAUUUACAGAUACCAUUCUUCGUGAAAUGGUCAUGAUCUUCCCUCAAGACAAAUCGGCAAUGCUUCAAAUCCCUGACAUUGACCCCGACAAGGUUCAUCGAUACGGCGACAAGAUACUUAAGUUGAUACGGGACACUCAGCGCCGUUACACCGAACUUAAGAAAGAACGUGAUGAUAUUGAUGGCGUAAUCCCUGACCCCAACCAUCACAACGUCGUCAAUAUCAGCAGCGACGACGACUUUAGUGAUUUCGAUGACGAUUUUAUGGAUCAAGCGAGUACGUUGCAAGCGGAUAACUCUGUCGUUACCAGCCAAUAUUUCCCGAGGUCGCAGCAACCUUUCGAGGAUGACUUGGGUGAUGACUAUCGUCCCUCACCGAAAGCUGGCAGCUCUAAACCUCAGAAGCGGAAAAGUGCCAAACGAACGCGACGAAAGAGUACCGAUCCGAAGCCAAGGACCAAAGGUUCGCGCAAUCCGAAAACACAAAACCGCUCACAAGGUCGCUCGUUUGCGCGAAAAGAAUCGAAGGCCAAACCAAAACAACCUACAAGCCAAAUAGCUAUGAUGCCCAUUUGA